GCCGUCGAUAAGUUAAGACGUGUAGCGUGAGUCGUUGUUAGUCGGUUUUCUUUCUGUUCGGUAUAACAACACCCUUAUUUCAGCCCUUUCCUAAAUAAUAGGACCAAAAUUUGCAAACCUGUAGAAAUUAUCUAACAUUUCCAAAUUCUCAACUGCAGUGGAUGCUAAAUUUAACGUACAGUAUUUAUCUGGCAAUACAACGGGUGGAGUUUUGUUUAUCAAAUUUUGUGAAGGAAACAAAUAGAUUCUGUGUGUGGUUCAUUUAUUGCUUAUUUAGUGAAAAAGUUUGUAAGUGAGCUUUAGGAAGAGAUACCAGCAUUAGUGUGAACGUGUGUGACACAAAUACCGGGUGCGAAUCUAAUUUGCCUGGGUCUCUGGUCUGGGUGGUGCCAAAGUGCGGUGUAUUUUCUACGUCUCAACGCAGGGGGGCAAAGCUGUGGAUUGUUUUGUUCUGCUGAAGCAAUUUAGGGCCAUUGCUGCUACGGAAUAUCCGCGGAAAAGUGUUUAGAAACGUCAAAAGAAGCCAACCGGUACGGGUGUGUGUUGCAGGGAAAUUGAUAGUAAUUUGCUGCGAAUUAUAAUAGCAGACGAGCUUUAGGUGUUGACUCGGAGCUUGCAUCAAGCGGAAGGCAAGGAGCACUAAGCAGCAGUGAAAAAAAUAACAAAAAUGGCUUCCAUUCGGAGCGGCUUUACCAAGAGUCUAUCGGCGGAGGAACGAGCCGAGAUGCGGGAAAAGUUUGAAGAAAUCGACACCAAUAAAGAUGGUUUCAUCGAGUUGAAAGAGUUGAAAGAUGCCUUAGAUCAGGUCGGUUUCAAACUACCCGGCUACCAGGUCCGUCUGAUGAUCGACGAGUACAGCAACAAGCAACGGUCGCAGAACAUCGGCAAACUAUCGUACGAUGAAUUCGAAACCCUGUGCUUGGACCUUAAGGCGAAGGACGUCGCCAGCACAUUCAAAACGGUCGUAUCGAAAAAGGAAAACCUGGAAACGCUGGGCGGUAUGUCGGAUUCAUCCGCCGCCGGCACAACGCACUCGGUUCGAAUUGAAGAACAGUUGGCCUUCAGUGAUUGGAUCAAUUCCAAUCUAAGCUACGACCACGAUCUAAAGCACCUGCUUCCGCUGGACCCGGAAGGAAAACAAUUGUACGAUAAAAUUAAAGACGGCAUCUUGCUGUGCAAGAUCAUCAACCACUCGUGCCCGGACACCAUCGACGAACGAGCGAUCAACAAAAAGAACCUCACGGUGUACACAAAGUUCGAGAACCUUACGUUGGCCCUGGUAUCAUCGCAAGCCAUCGGAUGCAACAUUGUGAACAUUGACGCUCACGAUUUAGCCAAAGGAAAGCCCCAUCUAGUGCUCGGACUGCUUUGGCAGAUUAUCCGGAUCGGUCUGUUCAGUCACAUCACCCUCGACAGCUGUCCGGGACUUGCCACACUGCUGUCUGAUGGCGAACGUCUGGAAGAUCUUAUGAAACUUUCGCCAGAAGCGAUUCUGCUACGAUGGGUUAAUCAUCAUCUCGAACGAGCCGGAAUAGCUCGACGUUGUACUAACUUCCAGAGUGACAUUUCCGAUUCGGAAGUCUACACCUAUCUGCUGAAUCAGAUAGCUCCCAAAGAUGCGGGUGUUACAAUCGAAGCCCUCAGAGAACCAAACGCCAUCAAUCGAGCAGAAGUGAUGCUCCAGCAGGCAGCAAAAUUGAACUGCCGCUCAUUCGUGACUCCGCAGGACGUUGUUAAUGGAGUGUAUAAGCUUAAUUUGGCAUUUGUUGCCAAUCUGUUCAACAAUCAUCCGGGAUUAGACCAGCCCGAAGAAAUCGAAGGCCUCGAAUCGAUCGAGGAAACGCGUGAAGAGAAGACCUAUCGCAACUGGAUGAACUCGAUGGGUGUGAAGCCGCACGUCAACUGGCUCUAUUCGGAUUUGGCCGACGGUAUCAUCAUCUUCCAGCUGUUCGACAUCAUCCAACCGGGCAUCGUGAACUGGAAAAAGGUACAUCAAAAGUUUACGCCGCUGCGUAAAUUUAUGGAGAAGCUGGAGAACUGCAACUAUGCGGUCGAGCUGGGCAAGCAGCUUAAAUUUUCUCUAGUCGGCAUCGCCGGUCAGGACCUGAGCGAUGGCAAUGCAACGCUAACACUCGCGCUCAUUUGGCAACUGAUGCGUGCAUACACGCUGUCCAUACUGUCGCGGUUGGCUAAUACCGGCAAUCCGAUUAUCGAGAAAGAAAUCGUACAGUGGGUGAAUUCGAAACUGCAAAAUGCCGGCAAAAGUACCAGCUUAAGGAACUUCCAGGAUUCGACCAUUGCCGACGGUAAAGUUGUGAUCGAUUUAAUCGAUGCCAUCAAGCCGGGCAGUAUUAACUACGACAACGUGAAAGAGGGCGGCAACACCGAGGAAAACCUCGAAAACGCCAAGUAUGCCGUCUCGAUGGCCCGUAAAAUCGGUGCCCGCGUAUACGCCCUGCCGGAGGACAUCGCCGAGGUGAAACCGAAAAUGAUAAUGACCGUGUUUGCCUGCCUGAUGGCCAUGGACUACGUGCCGAACAUGGAUAGCGUGAAAAACAACGGUACUACCGCCGCCGUCACCACCACCAACACCACCGUAGUGGCCGCCGCUCCGGAACCCGCCGUCAAGGUGUCCCCGAGCAAGGUGGAACUGGUCGAGCAAGUGUCACCGGUGGCGGCCAUCGUUACCAACGGAGGUUCGGCAAGCAACGGAAACGGUACGAUCGAGGUUGAUGAAUUCGCCGAUUGAAUAAUGUCGGCGUAAAUGAACAGAACAGAAACAGAAUCAAACCGUCGUAAUUAGUCAGAAUGAGCAGAUGCGGAAAAGUAGUUAGCCCCAGAUAGAUACUUUUUGAAAGGAAUUGUUUUCUUCGGUGAGACUCCAAAGCAAAAGGCAAGCGAAACAAGGAUUGGAUUUUCUUGUGAAGAAAAUUCAAACGACAAAAUAUAUAGAUCAAAGGAAAGCUGCAAUAGAGAUUUUCCUUGCAAAAAAAAAACAAACAACUACUAUAAUGUAAUCUUUUCUUGUCCUGUAGAUUAAGAGUGUAACAUAUUGCGAUGUUUAUUUAGAUUUAUUUUAUCUAGUUUGUUAGGCAUUUGAAAAUUUAACAAAUGAUUUUCUACCGUCUUCUUGACGACAGACAAAACCAUGCUGCAAAAAAUGUGUAUUAUCUGGUAAGAGUUUUUUUUCUGCGUAAAAUUGUUAUUACUUUCUUUGUAUUUUUUUUUUUCUUGCUAUCUUCAUCAAAUUUUGUUGUUACGAUAAAGCUUCUGUCAUAUAAAUUAUUAGGCAAAAUCGUGCCAAAAUUAAACCCGGUUUGAGUGGCUUCCGGCCGGCAAGAAAGGAAUCUAAAUUUACGGCCAGCGUGAGUGUGAAUGCUUUUUAUAUGUUGAAUGUAAGAGUGAGAGUGCUUUUUGCCCGGCUUAUGUACACUUGUUAUGAUUACCAGCAUUAAAUUUAGACUAUCAUACAAAUAUCUCAACGUUGCUCGACCGCAUUGGAAGUUCAAGUAAUCGAAGUUUGUUUAUUGUAACUAUGUAGGUUAUGCGUUGCGGCUUGAUAGUAUUUCACAAAGUCCAUAGCGGAAGAUUGCCGCAAUCAACACAACAAAUGAAGGUAGAGAAAAGUAUUCAAUGUUUAAAAAAAUUAACGUGUUUUAUUUGUAAUCCCUGCAUAUGGUUAGGAAGGGCAAUUGAACACACAGCAACAUAUACCACAUACCUAUAUAACCAAUUCUACACUAUGUAACAAGUAGAUAUGCCAACAGGAAUUUACUAUAUAGAGAGUUAAGCAUUCAACCACAGCACAGUGAAAAUGAACAAACAAUAGCAUUUUGAGCAACAUUUAAUUUACUACAGCCGUUUGGCCUAUACUUAUACAACAACAACAAAAAAACACACUGAUUGACAAAACUAGAAUCGGCAAUUUGUGUACCGAAAGGCUCAUCUUAGAGGUCGGGCCUGCAUUUUUAGACUAAACUACAAACACUACCACACCAACUGUUGUGUGCUUCUUUGCUGGGCACACGCCUUGUAAGAAUCGCUCCGAACACCACCAAGUAAAACAGCAAAAACCGUAACCGGUACGUUCUACGUAAAUUAUAAACCGGUUCGUAAUUAAAAGAAAAAUAUACAAGUAACUACUAAUUAGUUUAGGACAUAAACGUAACUACAGGUUCUAAUAUCGGCAAGGCGAAAUACCAAUGCAUAUGAACGAAAAUAAAUCGGUGAAAAUUAA